AUUAAAAGAACAAAUAGCAUACUAACAUAAAAUGUUUUCCUCUUUUUGCUUCAAUCGUUUCAUCAGACACUUCCCCAUGUUCACAACUAAACUGAAUUAUCUUCACCAUCAAAUCAGUACAUUUCUCUCCAGCAAUGGAACCUCAACAACCCUCAAAACCCUUCUUCAAUCCCAUGCCUUCAUAAUCACAACUGGCCAUACCAACAAUGUUUACAUAGCAGCAAAACUUAUAUCUCUUUACUCUAACAAACACCUCAUUUCUUCAAGAAAAGUGUUUGAUUUCAUCACUUUUAAAGACCCUUUUCUUUGGAAUUCAAUUAUCAAAGCUUAUUUUUCCAAUGGGUAUUACACAGAAUCACUUGAGUUUUACUCAAAUAUGAGGGUUUGUAAUUAUUUGCCUAAUAAGUUUACUAUACCAAUGGUUGUUUCUGCUAUUGCUGAACUUGGGUUGAUUGAAAAUGGAAAAAAGAUUCAUGGGUUAGUCUCAAAAUUGAAUCUUUUUCAUGAUAAUACUGCUGUUGGAUCAUCUUUAGUUUAUAUGUAUUCAAAAUUCGGGUUUUUGGGGUAUGCUUCUGAUGUGUUUGAUGAAAUGCCUGUUAGAGAUGUGGUUUCUUGGACUGCAAUUGUUAAAGGGUAUGUAGAGAAUGGGGAGAGUGAAAAAGGGUUGGAGUAUAUUUGUUUGAUGUGUAAGAAUGGUGAGGUGAGGCCGAAUUUUCGGACGUUGGAGGGUGGAUUUCAAGCUUGUGGAAAUUUGGGUGCAUUGCUGGAAGGUAAGUGUUUGCACGGGCUAGCAAUGAAAUAUGGUUUUGGUUGUAAUCAAGCAGUUCAGUCUUCUGUUUUGUCAAUGUACUCGAAAUGUGGUUCCGUUGAAGAAACGUAUCGUUCGUUUUGUGAGAUUGAUGAGAAGGAUUUGUUUUCUUGGACGCUGAUGAUUUCUGUUUUUGCAAAAUAUGACUGUAUAGGCGAAUGUGUUGAUAUGUUCUUGAAAAUGCAGGAUAGUGGGAUAUCCCCAGAUGGGAUGGUAAUUAGUUGUGUGCUUUCUGGUCUAGGCAAUGCCGUGAGGAUUUUUGAAGCUAAGGCUUUCCAUGGAUUCAUCUUGAGAAGAAACUAUGAUGUUGAUGACAUGGUCCGUAAUGCAUUAUUGGCCAUGUAUUGUAAGCUUAGACUCUUGAAUUUAGCGGAAAAGAUAUUUGAUGGAGGAAACGGACAAAACACAGAGGCUUGGAACAUGAUGGUGGUUGGCUAUUCGAAGGCAGGAUUAGAAGCCAGGUGUAUUAAUUUAUUUAGGGAAAUGAAAUACUUGGGAAUCGAAUCUGAUAUCAACAGCUUGAUAUCUGUAAUUUCUUCUUGCUCCCGGUUGGAAGAACUCCAUUUAGGUCAAUCUCUGCAUUGUCAUGUUAUAAAAAAUCUGAUGCUUGGAAAUGUUUCUGUUGCCAAUUCUCUAAUAGAUAUGUAUGGAAAAAGUAAGGAUCUGACUUCAUCACGGAGAGUGUUUUGUAUGAUGACCGAUAAGGAUGUUGUUACGUGGAACACGAUGAUGACUUCGUAUAUCAGUUGUGGAAAAAUUACAGAGGCCUUUAGCCUUUUUGAUGAAAUGAGAGCAGAAAAUUACAAGCCUAAUAUUGCAACAUUGGUGAUUUUGCUGUCUGCUUCUUCUCAAGUAUCUUCCCUGGAGAAAGGAGAGAAAGUUCAUGAAUACAUCAAGGAAGUUGGGUUCGGAAAGAAUACUUUGCUUGCUACUGCUUUGACUGAUAUGUACGCGAAAUGUGGACAGCUAACAAAGUCCAGAGAAAUAUUUGAUUCAAUGGAAAAGAAAGAUAUUGUUUCUUGGAAUGUACUGAUCUCAGGCUAUGCUCUGUAUGGAGAAGCAAAAUCUGCUAUAGAAAUUUUCAAACAGAUGGAACAGACGGAAAUUAAGCCAAAUGAACUGACUUUGCUUGCUGUGCUCUCGGCUUGUGCUCAUGCAGGGUUGGUUGAUGAAGGAAAGGCCAUAUUUAGAAGAAUGAAAGAUUUUUCCUUGAUGCCCACAUUGAAGCACUAUUCUUGUAUGGCUGAUCUCCUAGGUCGUUCUGGUAAUUUGGAUGAUGCUGAAACUUUGGUUUUGUCCAUGCCAAUUGCUCCAGAUGCAGCUAUCUGGGGUUCUUUACUAAGUUCUUGUAAAAUUCACAGUCAAGUUGAGAAGGGUAUAAGAAUUGCAAAACAUGCCAUUGAAUCUGACCCGGAAAAUGAUGGGUACUAUAUAGCAAUCUCAGACCUAUAUAGUUCUGUAGGAAUGUGGGAAGAGGUAGAAAUGGUGAGGGAAAUAAUGAAGGAAAGGAAAGUGAGGAAAGAAGUUGGUUGGAGUACAGUAUAAUUUUCACAGCUAC